AUGGAGAGCGGCGGCGGCGGCGGCGGCGGCGGCGGCGGCGCCUACGGAGCUGCCAAAGCGGGCGGCACGUUCGACCCGUGGCGCUUCUUGCAGCAGCCACAGGUCAUCGCGCGCAUUCUGAGUGCGAUUUUUGCACUCAUUGUUUUCUCCUGCAUCAUUGGUGAAGGCUACACCAACCGUCCUUCUUCCGACAAGCUGUUCUGCAUCUUCAACCACAGUGAGGAUGCUUGUCGUUACGGCAUUGGCAUCGGAGUGAUUGCCUUCCUGGCUUGUGUAUUCUUCUUGAUGGUGGAUAUCUACUUCCCACAGAUUAGCAAUGCCACUGAUCGCAAGUACCUCGUUAUGGCCGACCUGGGCUUCUCAGCUCUCUGGGCCUUUCUGUGGUUUAUUGGGUUCUGCGUGCUGACAAACCAGUGGGCAUCAACAUCGCCCCAAGAUGUAUUGAUUGGAGCCGACUCUGCCCGUGCUUCAAUUGCCUUCAGCUUUUUCUCCAUCUUCUCAUGGGGGCUCCUGAUCACCUUUGCACUUCAGCGCUACCGCAUGGGGGUGCAAGAUUUUGACCACAGCUACGUUGACCCAGCUCCAGGUCCUGUGCCCCCCUACUCAAGCUACCCCAAUGUUGGUCAUGAGAGUUACCAGCAGCCGCCCUUCACUCCUCGCACCGGAGAGGACUCUGAAGGCUAUCAGCCUCCGCCUGUGUACUGAUUGCUACUAGCACUUGUUUAAAGCAGCUCAUGGGGAAUAGCCACCUAAGUGCAAUUGAUUCACUUGCUUGGGUUGGGGAAAGGCAUCUACUGUGAAGAGUAAGAAUGCCACAGCUUAACUAUGUGUGUGUGUGUGUGUAUUGGGUUCUGGGGUAUCCUUGCUGUUUUCUACCCUUGCAGGAAGCUGCUUCUUGCAGGAAAUACUUCGCUCCCCCCUCAGGGGUGGGAGAGGCUUUCUUUCUGGCCUGUGUGUGAAGUGCAAGGCAUAAUAGUUGCAAAAAAAUAAAAUAAUGCAGAGGAUAUUCAGCUAACUCUACAACAGGAGCUAGAGAUUUAAUCCAGCAGUAAGGCAAGCGUCCCGUUACGUUGCUUCCUACUGCAGUUAUCGUAGUGGGACCCUUGCUGCUGGCCACUUUGUGCCUUAUCUGUAGAUGCUGUUACAUCCUUGACUCAUGCCAGCCACUGAGUGGGGUGGGGGGUUAGUUCCCAUGGCUCCUAUGGUGCUGCCUUUCUAGAUAGGAUAGUGCAGAUGAAGUGCUUUCCUUACGGCUUUUCACUUGCUGCUGGAUGGACCCGAUGCCAAAGCUUAGGCCUAAAGGCCCCCUCAUUUCUUUUUUUAAAAUAACAAUUUGUAUAUAAAGUCCUGGACUGAGCAAUGUUGAAUUUUUCCUGUGUGCCUUGUCUUGUUUCCCUCCCUCAAUUGAAUCCUAGUUCAAGAUGGGAGGGGACCAGCUCCCUAUCUGCACAGAUAUACUAAUAGUGAAGAAAGAUAGCUGGGGUGGGGUGUACUACUCUGUAUGCCUGUUGGGGUGGGAAGCCCACUUGCACAAAACUUAGACUGUCACACUUUCCUGGGUACCCUACAAGCCUUUCUGGGAAAGCUCCUAUCUUGGUUUCCCAACUGUACCCGUUGUCUGUGUGUGUGUGGGAAGGGAACAGGAGACAACCCACCCCCCUACAUGGGAAGCUGUUUGAGGAUUUGGGAAGUGUUCUAAAUCUGUACCAUGGCAGAAAUAAACCUCAUCACUCCCACCA